AUGUUGGAUCAUUACCGCGCCUGUUUGAAAUGUGCUUCCAUGGUGGUGUUGAUCAGGGACGAAAGGCAUGGCAAGAUGUUGAUCAGGUUCAGGGACACUUUGAAGGACAUGACGGUUGUGUGUGGGGUGCUUGGUUUGGUCGAGCUUAGACAAGGGUCUACAGCUAAAGACACUGUGGACGCAACCGAAAAAGCUUUCAACAUAUUUGCCACUCCAAGACAUGAGGCUCCUCGAAAUUUCCGUGGCUGUACCCGGAAAUUAGAGUCAAAGUUACUGCAGCAUUUGCAGGAACGAGUUGAAAUCACUGCCACCGAUUGUGCUGCAGCAGAGAUACUAGCUCAGGAAUUGGGCAGAGGCCGCUGUGGAGCAGAGGAAACUUUGUUUCCCAGGACAAAGAUGAUUGGGAGAGAUAGGGCCCACGCCUGCCAGAGGUUACUUCGACACCCAUGGAAAGCGGAGACUGCCAUCAAAACUUUGAUGGAGGAGACCGUGCUGGGGAAGAAUUCCGUGUGCCAGAAGAUUUGGAACAGUACCACGUAUUCUGCUUGGUUUGCGGACUCGGUUUCCGGCAGCGAAUUUUCGAGAGGCCAAACAUUGGCAGCAGCUAAGCAUCGCUUUUGCUCUUUGAGCAAGCCUUUGGGACGCUUCAUCCUUCACCUGGACGCAGUAGCAGAGACACUAAACAAAAUCGCUGCCAUGAAAGGAACUGAGGCAGCACAGUGGGCAACAGACUGGAUGGAUGGCUGCACCUCCACCAGUGUCCUAACUUUGGCCAUGCGUGCGGACAUCGGAGCUGCCGCGGUGGAUUUAACACGAUUCUUCGACUCUGAAGAGAUGGACAUAGCAGAGAUCAAUUCCGAAGCGGCUGUUUUUAUGCAGAGCUUGCAGGUUUUGUUUGCUGACGAGCAAUGCUGGAACUUGCAUGACUACACGAAGCAUUGUGCUGAAGUGCUGCACAGUGGGAAACUUCUUUUCUUCUACAAUGGUGUGGCUAAGCGGCUCGGAGGGAGCAAUUUGGAAAGUGCCAAGAGGGCUGCCUUGCAGCACAUGCGGAAAGUGAUCAAAGUACGUGAAGACGCUGUGAGAUCAGAGUUCCCAAGUUUUGAUGGCAUGAUGGUGUUUAGUGUUUUUAACUUGAAGGAAGAUGUUGGCUGCCCCACGUCAUCCAUGCUGCAAGACAUGAUUCCAGGAAAAAAACAUUAUCCUAAAACAUGCGACAGCUUGGAAAGGCUUUCACUCAUUUUCCAAGUUUCCAGAGACAAGUUGAUUGCUGAAUAUGAAUACCUACAUAGAGUCGCCAGUGCUCACAUGAAGUCCGCUGGGGUUUCAACAGAGAGUCUUGGCAAUGGGCCUGGCGCAAAUGCAGCAGCAGGAAAGACAUGA